AUGAACAAUCCUAUAUGGAUAUAUAACCCAUCACUUAAGAAACGUGUGACCCUACCAAGGACCAGCUUGUCGUGGCAGCUCCUUCCAGGGAGCAGCAUGUCGUGGAGGCCUUUAUUCGGAUAUGGCAUGACUCUUGCGUUCGGGUUCCACCUGGGUGUGAAUGAUUACAAGGUGGUAAGGAAGGUAUCAAUUGAUGUAGAGGAGCUUCUCUCUGCAGUGGAGAUUUAUAGUUUAAGCACAAAGUAUUGGAAGACGGUUGAUGUAAUUCCUCCUUUGAUAAAGAGCAUGAAGUGGGUUUGUGGAUAUGGAAUGUGUAAUGGAGUAGCAUAUUGGACUAUGUCAAAACAAAAGGAUUAUCUUGUGUCUUUAGACGCCGGGAACGAGGUGUUUCAAGAAAUCCAGCUACUGGAGGGUAUUGCCGGUGGGAUUAAAUCUGUUGAGGAGUACAAAGAAUCAAUUUGCUUGUUGCGACUCAACAAGGAUGGGCAAGAGGAGCAUAUUAACAUAUGGAUUCUCCAAGAAAAGUAUUUUAAAAAGUUGGUCACUGUUGGUUUUCCCAGAAUGAGUCUUACCCCAUUGGGAUUUAGAAUGAAAAAUGAACUUCUUCUCGAGCUUCAUGAACAAGAUAGUAAAGGAUCUAAUCUGGCUAUGUAUAAUCUUGAGUCCAAGCAGCUCACUCAAACUGGAAUUAGGUUGGUGAAAAAUUACUAUGAUGCCUAUUAUGUGGCUACUUACGUUGAAAGUUUAGUCUUACUCAUGGAUUAA